UGAAGUAAUGCCCCUGGCAGAGGCCAGAGACGCAGGGGAAGACCGCCUCCUACCUAUAAAAGGCAGGGACGAUCUUCAGCUGGGUCGAAAUCCUCCCGGCCUGAGGUCAAUCCCUCGAUCCUAUUUUGACUAUAUGAUAUUUUCUAUUUGAGACUAAUGAAUCUUUAUUAAUAUAGUCCAUUUAUUCGGACCACAUCGAAACUACCGAUGGAGUCUCGGCAUGGCCAAGCCGAGGACUCACAUUGGUAGCAGCGAGUGGUUUCUGUGGCUAUUCCACAAACGGCAGGUUGAGCUGUGGCGCCUUAGCUCCCUGCCAGUCUCCGUUGAGACAAAACGUUUCGCUUUUGACCGGCGAUCCGUCUAAAAUGAUAAAAACUCGUCCCAUUCGGAGACCAACAUCAGAAGAGCCGCAGGACUACUCAGAUCCACCGACCUACGACGUCCGACAACGUCAAUCGAUGUCAGGUUCGAAUCUAUCCCUAACGAUGCAUUUUCAAGAAAUCUGUCGACGUGCAUCCGACAGUUGGCGAUGUUCCAAUUCCGCCAUUCAACCGAUGAAGCAGCCAAGCGUCAGCAGCCGACGCAGAGAGAGAAGUCCGUCGCAGCGAGGCGACCGGCCGACGAGGCAAGCUCCGCGUAAAAAGCUCACGCGGAGGCGUUGCGGUAAGCUGUGCCCAAGGUCGACAGUUUGAAGAGGUUAUCCCGCGAGACAUCUUUUAGAAGGACUUGUUGAUAAGUCAAUUACCGCGGAAGAGCGCUAGUUCCUCCGAGCAUCGUGGAGAUGAAAACAGGCGACGGCCUGAAACAAAGGGAUUUUAAUCGAGGACGUCCGGAAGUUCAAGGUUCAGAUCGUUGCGAAACACAGGACCUCAGGCAGCGUGUGUUGACACGCGAGAGCGGCAGAUGCCGCAGUACAAGUGCAACGAUCGUUUGCAGGCUGCAGGGAGACAAAGAAGACGACCGAACGGCUGCGGUUUCCUGAGGACAAAGGCUCCGGCGACGGAAACAAAGAAGAAGGGACGAAGUUUACCGUCCACAGUCCAGAAGGACCGAGAAAGGACAUGGCCAACGUACGUCGAAAACAAAAAGGACGCAUCUGUGAGGAACCAGAGGAAGAAAGAACAAAGAACGGUUCGUUACAGUCUCUGGAAGUGAACUUUGUUUGCAGAAACAAAGGAUGUUUUGGUUUUUCUGUGCCUACAGAAAGAUGCUGAGCCGGCGACCGCCUCCUGAUCUACAGUUUCAUCGAGUUCAGGACAUGUGA